AUGGCGGACUCCGACAACGACUCUGGCGGCACGCACAACGCCGGCAAGGGCAGCGAGAUGUCGCCGCGGGAGCAGGACCGGUUUCUGCCGAUCGCGAACGUGAGUCGCAUCAUGAAGAAGGCGCUUCCAGCGAACGCGAAGAUUUCGAAGGACGCAAAGGAGACGGUGCAAGAGUGCGUAUCGGAGUUCAUCAGCUUCAUAACAGGCGAGGCCUCCGACAAGUGCCAGCGCGAGAAGCGAAAGACAAUCAACGGCGACGAUCUUCUGUGGGCGAUGACGACUCUCGGCUUCGAGGAUUACGUGGAGCCUCUGAAGGUCUAUCUGCAGCGCUUCCGAGAAAUGGAAGGAGAGAAGACCGUGGCGGCGCGUGACAAGGACGCGCCUCCUGCUUCCAAUGCUACCAACAGUGCCUACGAGAGUGGUAGUUAUGGUGCUGGUGGAAUCAUGAUGCAUCAAGGACACGUGUACGGUUCUGGUGGGUUCCAUCAAAUGGCUGGCGGUGGUGCUACCAUUAAGGGUGGGCCUGCAUAUCCUGGGCCUGGGUCCAAUGCUAGUCGGCCGAGAUAG